UUUACAACCACUGAACACUGUGUAUAUUGGUCCGGACAACCGCUGCAGAUGGGAAUUUUUAUUUACUCCGGGAAAACCAAUUGGAGGUGAUUUGUUUGGACUGCUGUUAUUCGUCAAUCGAAUGUUUCAGUACCGUACAAGUCGUUCCCGAGAAAUGGCCCUUCUUUUGGGUCUAUCGAUAGCGUUGUCAAUAAUCAUCGCUGGACAGGCGGUGGUAAAUGGCGAUUCGUGCACCGACGGUGCCGGCCUCGCGGGAACAUGUCAACUGCUGAAAAAUUGCCACCCAAUCGUAGAUCUUCUGCAACGUGGAAAUUUUUCCGAAGCUGUGCGAACUUAUCUCGUGAAAUCGCGCUGUGGCUAUACGACGAAUGACAUGACUACAGUUUGCUGUCCUUCGCCCCGGAAGCUAAAGAAACGGCUCGGAUCCAAGCUACCCACAGUUCAAGUGUGCGGAAGAACUUCCGCUAACCGAAUCUUCGGCGGAGAUGUUGCCGGUCUUGGUGAUUAUCCGUGGCUGGCUAGGAUUCAGUACAUGAAGCCGAACAAUCGUUUUGGUUUUCAUUGCGGUGGAGUCCUCAUCAACGAACGUCACGUUCUGACGGCAGCUCACUGCAUCGAGAUCGUCCCGGCUUCCUGGAAAAUCUACAUGGUUCGACUGGGUGAUUACGACUCCGAGUCGGAUGUGGAGUGCAGCGCGCACGAUCCAGAUGAUUGUGUCCAGUCGGCCCAGGAUGUGUUCAUAGCGUCAUACCUCAUCCACGAGGACUACUUUCAGGAGAACGGUGCAGACUACAACGACAUUGCGCUUAUACGACUGGACAGGUCUGUCAACUACACCGAAUUCAUCCAACCAAUCUGUUUGCCGACGACAGAGGAGUUGAAAAACCGAGACCUCGAAGGUCUCCAACUGACCGUCGCUGGCUGGGGAGAGACACAGCACAGGCUGGCCAGUCGGUAUCAAAUGCACGUCGGUAUGCCGGGCUGGAAUAAUACGCGUUGCCGGGAGGCAUUCAGCGGAGUGCAGGUUGCGAUCCGCGAUACGCAACUCUGCGCCGGAGGAGUGAAGAACCAAGACUCAUGCAGAGGAGACGCCGGCGGACCGUUGAUGAAAAUCGAAAAGAUUGAUGGGAUAUCGGCGUGGGUUCUAGAGGGUAUUGUUAGUUUUGGGAUGAAAAAGUGCGGAACCGAAAAUGUUCCCGGGGUGUACACCAGAAUUAGUAAGUAUAUGGACUGGAUACUGGAGAAUAUAUGAGAGGAAGUACA